AUGUAUGAACCUCGAAACACGGUCAUAGUGAGCUUAGAAGAUCUCAAGCACUCUUCUGUGCCGUUCCAGAUCUUGGAAGAAGCGUUUGGCCCCUCUUCUCUAGGUAUCUUAAUUGUUAAGGACCUGCCUCAACGGUUUUCCCGCCUUCGUCAUAAGGUCCUCUCGUACGCGUCGUAUCUCGCUAAUCUACCCACGGGAGAGCUAGAUGCUCUUUCCCGCCCUUCAGCAAAGUAUCUUAGCGGAUGGAGUCAUGGCAAAGAGGCCCUCAAAAGCGGUUCGUAUGAUACACUGAAAGGGUCAUACUAUGUCAACUGCGCUUUCUUUCAAGGAGAGGGCGUCACGGUACCCUCCUCGGUCGACUUCCCAGAGUUCACAGCACCCAAUGUCUGGCCAGCUGAGACUUCCCUGCCAGGCUUCCAAGUCGCCUUUGAGGAGCUCUGCACCUUGAUAAUCGACACUGCCGUGUUAGUCGCCCGGACAUGUGACCAGUAUGCUGUAGCCCACAUCGAAGAUUAUGAGCCUGGAUAUCUAGAACAGGUUGUGAAAAGCUCCAUGAUAACGAAGGCCCGCUUGUUGCACUAUUUCCCCCCAGCAGCCUCUUCCCAAUCCCUUCAGGCUACAAACAUCAGCCCGUGUCCCCCGGCCUCUACAGCACGAGACCAUGAUUCCUGGUGCGCAACUCACAUCGAUCACGGUUGCCUGACCGGCUUAACGUCUGCCAUUUAUGUCGACGAGGCAGCACAUCCUCCUCAGAUUUCCAUGUCUGAUCGAACCAAGCCUUCGUCUACGGUACCGGCUUUACCUUUUCUUCCGUCGGCUCCAGACCCAGACGCGGGCCUUUACAUACACGCACGCGAUUCCACUGUCACCAAAGUCUCCAUCCCUCCGGACUGCUUAGCCUUCCAGACAGGCGAAGCAUUACAGAUUAUCACAGGGGGCAAAUUCAGGGCCGUACCUCAUUUUGUGCGUGCUGGAGGAGCAGUGAAGGAUGGAACUAGAGUGGCAAGGAACACCUUAGCCGUAUUCACGCAACCCGGGUUAGAUGAAGUGGUGGAUAGAGCCAAAGGGACCACUUUCGGGGAGUUUUCUAGGGAAGUGACGAGACGAUUCGGUUAG